CAAGGCAGUUCAGUUGACCCUGUAGUGAGUACAAGUACUGCUGCUACGCUACCACUCUUGUCUGUGGCCCGUCUUCUCCCUACAAUUUCAACAGUACCAGUUGAGGAAGAAAAAACGCCUGUGGGACCCGUUAAAAGAUGAACGUCCGGGUGACGACGAUUGACGCGGAGCUGGAGUUCGUGAUACUGAAGACCACUACUGGACAGCAGCUCUUCGACCAAGUGGUGAAGACCAUUGGCCUUCGGGAGGUCUGGUUCUUCGGUCUACAGUACACCGAUUCUAAAGGCGGCGUCGCGUGGAUCAAACUGGACAAGAAGGUAAUGCAACAACACGUGAAGAAAGAGGACCCGCUGCAGUUCAAGUUCCUUGCCAAAUUCUUCCCCGAAGACGUCGCUAACGAACUCAUCCAGGACAUCACCGUCAAGUACUUCUACCUUCAGGUGAAGAAUAGCAUCCUCUCUGACAUAAUAUACUGCCCGCCGGAGACGUCGGAGCUGUUGGCGUCCUACGCGUUGCAGGUCAAGCAUGGGGACCACAAUCCCGCGUUACACGUACCCGGGUUCCUCGCGAACGAGCGUCUGCUGCCACAAAGCGUCAGCGAUAAGCACAAGAUCUCCCGUGAAGAAUGCGAACAGAGCAUCACAAACUGGUGGCAAAAGCACCGCGGCAUGUCGAACGAAGACGCCAUGAUGGAGUACCUCAAAGUCGCGCAAGACCUCGCGAUGUAUGGCGUCAGCUAUUUCGAUAUGCGCAACAAGGCAGAAGGCGACCUGUGGCUCGGUGUUAACAAGGCCGGACUUAACAUCUACGAAAAAUACGACUUAUGUACUCCGAAAACUGAGUUCCCCUGGUCAGAGAUCCGCGACAUAAAGUUCGACGACAACAAGUUCAUAAUUAAGCCCAUGGACAAAAAAAUACCGGACUAUGUGAUCGUCGCCCCGCACGAGCGCGUGAACAAGUGCAUCCUGGCGCUGUCCAAGGGCAACCACGAGCUAUUCAUGCGCCGGCGCAAGCCCGACUCGAUAGAGGUUGCGCAGAUGAAGGCGCAGGCCCGCGAAGAGAAGCUCGCCAAGCAGGCUCAGAGAGAGAAGCUGCAGUUGGAGAUCGCAGCACGCGUACGCGCAGAAGAGAAACUAAAGGAGUACGAGGACCAGCUCAGGUAGAAGCAGAAGAUGGAACGUUCUCAGAUAAAACCGACACUUCAAUAAAGCCCAACCGUGGGAGAAAUCAGAAAUAUAAAGACAUUAAAAGAAUAAAAAGGUGUAAUAAUAGUACAUUGUGUAUUAAGGACGGUAAAUAAGAAAUUACUAACGAUACCCGAAGCCGAAGGCUGAGGGCCUUAAUAAC